AAAAUUCGAAUUCCGGUGAAAACAAACAAAUUAGUCACGAAAAUAAAAACAUAAAAAGGAAUGUGUUGAUGGUGUUAUAUAAAUGACACAUUAAAUACCACUUAGUUUAAACUUUUUCAGCACCUACAGUGUAGGUGAAGACAAUGGCAAGUCGUCUAACCAGCCGCAGUAACUUGCACAGUGCUAACAACACUACUCUGGAACUGCAGCAGGAUCUGGCACGCAGUACACCCCAACAAUGUGUUACCCUUACACACAGUGUUCCCUCUGUGCAGAUGUACUGUGCAUUAAGGACCAAGCUGGAUAACUGCUCUGAGAAAUGGUUGCAGGAAUUUCUUUACCUGGACGGCCUAGACAGUUUGUUGGAUUCCCUGUACCAGAUGGCUGCACGGAGCUUCACGUGCAUAUCAGAUGCCAUACUACAAAUGGACUGUAUUUCUUGUGUCCGCUGUAUACUCAAUAAUACAUUUGGACUGGAAUUUUUCAUCAAUAGUGAUGUGUGCACAAAGAAACUUACAAUGGCAUUGAAUUGCAAUGAAACGCUCCCAAAGAAACAAGUAUUUGAGAUGCUGUCAGCAGUCUGUGUCUUCAGUAAUAUUGGCUACUUGAGGGUAAUGGAAGGGCUGUCUUACAUCAAGAAUGAGUGUGACCAGUUACAUAGAUUCAGUCUUGUGGUAAGAGAUCUACAGAAAAACGAAACUGUCGCAUUCAAGACUGCUAUCAUGACAUUCAUUAACACUGUAAUCAACUGCACACCUACAGUGAUGGAACGCAUGAGAAUAAGGAAUGAAUUUAUUGGUCUAAACCUACUAGAGAUGUUGUCCUACAUAAGGAGAGAGGAGCGUGAUGAAGAUUUACUGUUACAGUUUGAGGUUUUCCAUGAGAGGAAGUUGUCAGAUGAAGAGAGUAUAUCUGCCAAUAACAGUAUUGAUCUGAACAGUCCACAAGAUCUACAGGACCAAAUACAAGCUAGGGUAUUUGGAACACCUAGGAUGGCUAACUUUGUCAAUAUUCUACAGGAUUUAUUGGCGAUAGAAACCGUGUACAAAGAUAACAGCGGGAAGCUGUGGCAGACGGUCGACAAUUUGAUACAUCAUGUUAUACAUACAAUGAGUGCUAGUGACCUUGAUAAUAUUCAAGCUGAACUUCUACAGUUCCCGGAACAGUUUGCGCUCGGACUUCAGUGUGUGUAUUCGUAUCAGGAUACUGUUAAAAUGUCGUCUGCUACAAGUAGAUCAACAGGAAGUGGUGGAAAUAUGUGUGCUCCUGAAGGUUUCAGUCAGACAUCAAAACAGUGCUUGCCACAGACAUAUACAGAUAAUCAGAAUGUUGGAAAUACUGCUACAAGAGGAAAUGGAAUGAGGGGAAAUAUAAACUUGAGGCAAAAUUUUAAUCACAAUUCCUUAGGUAGCACUGGUUCGCAUAACUCCUCCAGUGCCAGCGGACAGUCAGAGCAUAGUGAUAACAGUGAAUCUCAAAAUAGAACUGUUACUAUUUUUAGACACAAUAUGUCGUCUGCUGCAUCAUGUCAAGAUGAUGCCAGUUCUGCAAGUGGUGUCAAUGAUAAAACUGUUGUUCUCAGAAAUAAGUUCUGUUCUCCAACUGAACUGACUUUCUUCAGCAAUAAAUUAGACGACAGCCAAAAUUCUCCGUUAAAUAACUGCAGUAAGUCGAGUGAAGACAGUUCUAGCUCACCAUAUAAUGCUGACUUGAGUUGCAGUAUUUCUAGCAGAUUGUCAAAGGAAAGUCAUGGCAAUAAAACCUUCAAUAAAUCUGAUGAAAGCAAGCAAUGUGGAAUGAACAUCAAUUUAUCAGAAAGCAAAGCAUAUCAGUACGAUCAAAACAAAAUAAAGAAUAAAUUGGAUGGGUUUGGCUGCUCUGUUCAAAAGGAUAUUAAACUCAACUGUGAAAAGUCACUUCAUACAGGGAAUUGUCAUCCUGAAUCAAGCUUGAAGCAACGCGAAGGGAAAUCUGUCUGGGGGGCACAGAGCGGAAAAUGUUACCGGGAUCAAAAGCCGUCGAACAGUAUUGUUAGGCAGGAGUUACCAAAGCCAACACAAGAACUGCGUCACCUUAAGUGGAUCAGUCUGACAGAUGACAAGAUAGUUGGUAGAGAACCUUGUGUGUGGUUACCUCCCAUUAUCGAUGAAAAGACAACUCCGGACUAUCAGAAAUUGGAAAUGGCAUUCCAGAUUAAGUCCCCUGAACAUUUGGAGGCUAUAGAAGAGGUUGUCCUACUGAAUGCCAACACAAGACUACAAAUUAACCUGUUUCUGAGCCGCCUGGAUUCUGGUGCAGAGGAUCUGGUUCAGCACUUAGAGGAAGGGGACCAGUCAAGACUUACACUACCCAUGCUGCAGUAUCUGUCUAAGAUACUGCCAUGUCCAGAAGAGAUUGAGAUGCUGCGACAGUACAAGGGUCCGAGACUUGAACUCGGCAUGGCUGAGCAGUUUGUACUGCUGUUAUCUGACUUGCCGGACUACAGCGUGUUGUUGGAAGGUCACAUGAUGCGGUGGGAAUUUGAUGCUUCAGUAAAACAGUUUAGACUGUCUUUAGACACAAUGAUUGACCUUGCCAAAUUGAUACUGAACUGCAGGGAAUUUAAACAGCUGAUGCAUUUGAUACUGAAUGUGGGGAACUACCUUAAUUAUGGCCAGUUCCAUGGUGAUGCAGCAGGAUUCAAACUGUCAUCCCUGGAACGUCUACAGGAGGUGAAAUGUUUAUCACCAAAUAGUACACUCGUACACUGUAUUGUACAGAUGGUGGUAGAGAGAUGUAAAACGGAUCUCUCGUUUGUAAAACAGUUCCUACCUCUGGAGAAAGCUGCAAGUUUCAGCAUGGAAGAGAUGAAAGCUGACAUCAGCAAACUAAAUGGAAAACUGAGAUACUUCAUGAACAGUCUGACACAGACAAGCACCAGUCUACAGAAGACAUUCCAACCUUUUAUUGAGGACUUGAAGAAGCAGUUUAGCCAUAUACAAAAUACUACAACAGAGUUACGGACCCUGACAGAUGAUCUGGCUGCAUAUUUCUGUGAGGACGAGACAAGAUUUAAUAUACAAGACUGUUUCAAAUGUGUGAUAUCGUUCUGUAAAGACAUACAGAAAUGUCAAAAUGAGGCUGUCAGUACAUUUUGCCGUCAGAUGCUGGAAGAUAAAAGAAGUGGAGAUUUGAUGCAGAAGAAACUUAAAAGUAAACUAUUGUCAUUAGAGUUUGGACAAAAUGCAGGAGCAAGCUCUUCAAUGAUGGAGGAAAAAACUAAAGUUCUGGAAAAGAUUGUUACCCAGCUUCAUCAAGGCAACUUCAAUCCCUGCAUUAAAUCUGAAUUGCCUACACCAGACCGGGAUCCAGCACAUCCUUUGGAGAUGAGUUGUAUUCCAUUUGUUGGUUCCCCAUCUCAGCCUAGAGGGAGACUGGGAACUGGAGUCAGUGAUAAUGUGUUCCUGGAUACACCAGAACUUGUUUGUGCUAGUUAUGGCUCUGCAAAUGAACCCAAAUUGAUGAGAAGCAGUACACAGAAACUGCUACCAGUCAAAACUACCUGCACAGCCCAGACUGUGACACAUGUUAACCAAUCAAAUAAACCCAGCUAUAUGCCGUCACCAAUCACGGCAGAUACAAAGCAUGCUGGGAAAAAGAGUGCAACUCUUCAGAGAAAGUUGUUUCCCUUGACUGAUGGAAAUGAAGAGUACCAAGAAAGGGAGAUAACUGAUAAAAAAGCAGAUGGAAAGGUCAAACGCCAAUUAGAGUUACCAAGUAGAAAAACCAUGCAUCGUCGUAGUCGAAGUGACAUGGUUGAUUCAGUAUGCGGAGCAGAUAAAUGGAUUGAGUAUGAGAAAAUUCGAGAGCAGGGUGGUAGAAAUGCUCCAUUAGCAGAACCAGAGAGUGUGUGUAAUCUGUCCAUUCUAAAUUUGGAAAAACAAGGAAAAUUUGUAACCAACAAGGACAUAGCUGUGCUAAAAUCAGACAACCAACAAAACAGAGAUGUACAUAUUUUGGAGGAUGGCCCGUUGAUGAGAUUACCGGAAGCUAAAGGAAGGAAGGGAGACAAAAAAUCAUCUGUGGGCGGGUUUUUCACCAAACUUGGACGUGCUGUUCUAAAACCACGAAAUGUUUAUUCUGACGGUGAUCAGUAUGGUGUACAGGUUGGGAAACCUGUAAAGGAAAGGAAGAAAUCAAUCAGUUUGGACAAAGAGAAUGUGAACGUGGACAUGGAUCCUAUGCCAUCUGAAGACAGACAAGCGGUAAAUGAUAAACGCAAUAAGGCUGAGGGUAAUUCGAAUAAAGUUUCACGGUUCUUUCAGAGAGGAGGACUGUAUAGGUCGUCAAAAAUGAAGAAGAAAAAUCAAAAUUUGGCUCAGUGAAUGAAACAUUUGUUAUAGAAAAUACAACAUUUGCUUGAUUUACAUACAGUGUGUUUUAUUUACAGUGGGAUUCUCAAUAUUCAAGGAGUGGAAAAUAAAUUGAUGGCAAUUUGGGUACCUAAAAUUCUAGUGUGUAUUUCAUCGGUAUAAAUACUAUGUAUUAGUGGUAGAAUAUCUGAAUGAUCUUCAUGUGACAGUUUACAUACAAAUGUUUUGUUUUUGGUUUGCUUUUUUUUUCAUUGAAAAUUAAUACCUUAAUAACACUUCCAUCCUUUAUUUCUGAAAUAGCAAAUUAUUUGAAAGUUUCUAACAAUAUGUUUGGGUAUUAAGUUAAUAAGAUUAUUUCAGCCUUGAGGCAAUCGUGAUGAACAGAAAUAUAUAUAUGCAUGUGGCUUUAAACAAUGGGAAAGCAUUUAUUAAUUGAAGAAUCUGUCUUGUUUGGUUUAUCAACAAAAUAUUUUUAAAAAAUGAGAAAAAGCCUUUAGAUUAUGCUUUAAUGACAAGAAUUGGUGACGGUUUGUGCUUAAGCUUUUUUAUUUCAAACUUUUUUCAUAGAAAUAGUUUUCAGUCUUUUGGCUUUUGGUAAAAGGAAAACAGAAGUUACAGCUUUUGAAAGUGUGAUUUGUUUUUACAAGAUAUUUUAUUCAGAUGUAUUCAUAUUAUUUUCUGUUGUACAUUCCGAAAUUGUGUGCUUUUAUUGAGAUAUUUAUUUUGUACGUGGACUCUAUUGGAAGAGUACCUGAUCCAGUCAAAAUUGUGUAUAAAAACUGCUUAGGAGAGAAAUAUUUAUAGGUUUUUAGAUUUGUAUCGUAAAGUAUAUGCAAGUCUACAGCAGAAAGUUUGUGUAAACUUAGAAAUGUAGUGUAAUGUUCUUUAUUUUUUGAUGACGGUUUGAUAAAAGAUAUUGUAUCUGAUAUCAUUCAUCCUCCAUCUCUGUUUCAUGUAGAGAAGUUGGCAGUUACUUGUGGAGAACAAGUUGGUACUGGUGCAUAAUCCAGGAAAACCAAACAGAAAAAAAUUACUCAUGCAUGCCCAAUACACUUGGCGGAGAUCAAAGCUUUUUCUCUGCCCACAAGUCAACAAAACCAUUAUCAUUAAUCACAUGACUAUGUUUAGACCAAUGACAAAGUCUUUAACCCUUACCCUGCUAAAUUUCUAUGAUGAACAUGUCCAUCUUUCAAUUUGAACAGUACCAUUUACUGUUAAAAGGGGUGCUUACAAAAAAGAUACUGACUACAUAUUCAACAGUGCAGAUCAUGAUCUACGCUGGUUGCAAAGACAAAAUGAAUCAUGUCCAGCAUGAUAAGGGUUAAACUCAGAUCUGAUGGUAAUGUUUUCCAUUUGAAGAUGGUUUUCAUAUACAAGUGAAAGUACACUGUAAAUUUAUAUGAGAAAUGAAGCAACUGGUCUGUGGAGCUGAAUGUUUGUGAUCUUUUAAACAGGGUGAUCCUUGGCACAAGUUUGAUUGUAUUUGUAUUUUGUUGUGAUUAUUGUAAAUGUUUAGCCUGCUAGUGGCAAGUGAUUCUGUCUUUGUAACCAGUGUAGACCAAGAGCACCCUGCACAUCCAUGCAGGCUGAUCAUUGACUGCACUGGUCCCUACCAAGUCUGUAAAUUUUCAGUGAACACCCCUUCGAAUAAUAAAUGGUACUAUUCAAAUUGAAAGAUGGACCAGUCCAUUUUAGAAAUUUUGUAGGGUGAAAGUUAACAUUUCUCAUUUAGGGUUAAUAUGUUAAAGAACUGACUGUUAUACACUUGCUUGUCUGCUUAGUUCAGUAGGGAGAGCACAGAUUUAUGGAUCCUAUUUUGAGGUGUAUGUUCUCCACCCAAUUUGAUAGAAGAUAUUGUGCCUUAAAUUAUUUGUCCUCCACCUCUGAUCAAUGUGAAGAAGUUGGCAUGUACUUGUGGAGAACAGGUGUAAGUAUCUGGUGUACAAUCCAGAAACCUGUGGUUAGGUUAAUUGUCUGUCAUUACAUAACUGAAAUACUGUUGUUUUAAAAAUGAGGAAUAACCCAAAAAAAAUAUUCAUCAUUUUUAGCUUUGUUGCUAGAUAUUGGGUCAGGCAAGAUGAGUGCAGUUUGCCUGAUUUAGUCAUAUAUUUUUUUGUCUUGUGAAACUUUCUGUUGGACAGGGUUUUCUUUGUUGUUUUUUUUCUACAAACUUUUUUAAUGAAUUGGUAAUAGAAUUGCUCUUUUUAUGUUAAAACACAUAGACUUUGACCUUGAACUAGGUCAUAAUGACGCUGUAACAUGUUUUAAUAAUUUAUUAUUAUAAUGUUCAAAUAAUUGAAGUAAUUUCAAAUACCAAUUUGUGUUCAUGUAAUAUUUAUUGCUAGUCAUUUUUGAGAAACAGGGCUUUGUUAUUUGGCAAUACUUUUUUUGUAAUUAUGUCACAAACUUUGUUUACAUUCCAUUAAUUGUUUAACAGAAUUAAAAUGUAGGAUUAGCUAUUUAUAAUGAAUUCCAAAAGAAUAGUUUAGAUUGGUUAAUAUUUGAAAUGUGCCGCACCAUGAGAAAACCAACAUAGUGCAUUGCGACCAACAUGGAUCCAGACAAGCCUGCGCAUCCACGCAGUCUGGUCAGGAUCCAUAAUGUUCACUUACAAAGCUUAUUGCAAUUAGAAAAACUGUUAGCGAACAGCAUGGAUCCUGACCAGACUGUACAGAUGCGCAGGCUGGUCUGGAUCCAUGCUGGUCGCAAAUGCACAAUGUUGGUUUUCUCAUGGCGGGGCUCAAAUGGUUUUAUUUGCGCUUAUAUUGGUAAAUCAUGCCACUUGUGGAUUCAAAAUAUUCAUCAAUAUUAAUCUGUACACUGUAAAAGCACAUUUUUUCGCUGAGUCAAAAUUUCACGAAUUUGGAAUUUUGAGUAUGUUCGUGAGGUUUAAUAUUAGCGUAAUUGUAAAAAUGGUAUCCUGCUUGAAUUUGAAUUAUACUAAUGGUGAAUAUUUACACGAGGGACUUGCAAAUUUAGCGAAAUUUAAACCCUUGCGAAAAUUUCUGCUUUUACAGUAUGUCUUAAAACACAUUUUGUGGAUUCUUAGCAUCGUGUCUAGGGCUGCUGACAAUGAUACAGCUAAAUAAAGCCUACGCAAAAAUUACCCGAUCUACAGCAACUUGUACGAUUUUGUUUUUAUAUUUCGUGUUAUCUUGUAUUUAGAGAAAAAUUGGGAGGAAAUUUUAUUAUGGGAAAGGUGGAUAAAACAGUUGACUGCAUUUAUAAAUAACACCACUGUUUUCUUUAAUAUAUGUAAAAAGGUCUUCAAAAUAUAAUCCAUACUAUAGAAAUAUGCUGAAAAAACAAUAAAAAGAAUUAAGCUGUUCCAUAAACCGUACUCACAAAAUUUGAUAUUUAUUAUUAUGACAUAGUAUUUCUAUCUGUUGUACACUGAGAGGCAUGCCCCUUUAAAACCUAUUCUUAAACAGCCACAUUUCAUGUCAGGCUUCCAGUUAUAUUGUGUGUUUGGGCUUUGUGUCUUUUUCAACAAUUUUUCAGUCAUAUAAACAGAGCAGUGAGCACAAUGCCCAGCUUUAUAUUGGCUUUUGAUUAUGGAGUUAGUUUAUAUUUGUUAUGGAAUGAAAAUCAUGUUUCUUCACUUAACCCUUACCAUGCUAAAUUUCAAUAAUGGACUGGUCCAUCUUCCAUUUUGGGCAGUACCAUUUAUCAUUUGAAGGGGUGUUUACUGAAAAUUUACUGACUGAAGAGCCAACAGUGCAAACAAUGAUCAGACUGCACGGAUGUGCAGGCUGAUCUUGGUCUACACUGGUCGCAAAGGCAGAAUCAAUCAUGUCCAGCAUGGUAAGGGUUAAGUUAAUCUAAUAAGUAUUGAUAAUAUGAAUUUGUAAUGUAAUCACUAGCCUGCGUUUAAUAUGUGAUAUUUAUGAUAUGUGUUUUGCUUCAAUAUUGUUAACUUCUGUUUUAGAGAGGGAAAAAAAGAACAUUCUACAAUUUCAAAGUAAUUAUCAUACUCCCACUCAGUAAGUGAAGUGGUUUGUGAAGAUAGGGCAUUAAAAUGGAGUCCCUACCGGAUAAUAAGUUGCUUUAAUGUGGUUUUAUUUCCAUGUAGUGCAUUUUGCUUUUCAUAAUUAGAAGUUUGCAAGAUUAAAUCACGCAAAAACAGAUUUUUCUUGGUCAUCGCUUUCUACAGUUUGUAUAUUUUCUUGAAUUUUGAGUCCUCUACAUUUUUUUUUCAAGUCAGUUGUUUUAAUCAGAAAUGGAACUAUUGGUUGGUCUAUGUUGUUUUUAGCGCAGGCCAUGAUUGUGAUGAAUUACUUAAAUCAAAAGUAUUGUUUUGUCAUUGUUAUGAUACCUUUAUUGUUUUAUUUUGAAAUAUUUAACUAGAAACAUGUUUUCUGUUACUGGUAUGCAUGUAAUACCGUAACAGAUAUAAGGUAUGUGUUUACUAUUUAUAGCUAUACAUUUGUUUUACUUAAGUGCAUUUAUACGUUAUUAUACAAUAUCACUUUAAUUCAUAUGGAUAUAUUCUAAAUGUAUUACAACGUAUAUCAGGGUUUAUUUAAGAAAUGAACUAAUUUUUUCAGAGUUCAUGCGAAAUGAAUAACAGAAUAUGAUUGGCAAAUCUAGUAAUUGCCCUAGCGGUUCAUAGUUAAUUUGCCGAUCAUAUUCUAUUGUUUAUUUCGUAUGAACUUUGUAAGAACUUAAUUAAUUUCUUAUAUUUUACAUUAUAUUUCCUUUCCAUUUUGUUAACAAUUUUUUUUUUUAGAAAUUCACAUAUGUAUUUAAUAUUAGAAUCAGAUUCCCGGUCAUCUAUUCAACCAGACUGAACAUCUGCGAGGAUAGUUCUUUUAACUACAUAAUGUGUGCUUGUUGUACCCCCCGACAACAAAGUUGUAAGUGGGGGUAUACUGGUUUCAGGUUGUCUGUCUGUCCGUCUGUCCGUAGACGCAAUCUUGUGCGCACCAUCUCUCCUUAUCCCCUUGACAGAAUUUAAUGAAACUUCACACAAGUGAUCAGUACCAACAGUAGUUGUGCAUGGGUCAUGUUAGGUUCUUUUAGAAAAAUUUUUUGCAGAGUUAUGGGACUUUGUUUUUUUGUUACUAUACUAUAUACAUAGACACAAUCUUGUGCGCACCAUCUCUCCUCAUCCCCUUGACACAAUUUAAUGAAACUUCACACAAGUGAUCAGUACCAACAGUAGUUGUGCAUGGGGCAUGUUAGGUUCUUUUAGAAAAAAAAUUUGCAGAGUUAUGGGACUUUGUUUUUUUGUUACUAUACUAUAUACAUAGACACAAUCUUGUGCGCACCAUCUCUCCUCAUCCCCUUGACACAAUUUAAUGAAACUUCACACAAGUGAAGUAACAACAGUAGUUGUGCAUGGGGCAUGUUAGGUUCUUUCAGCGACAAAAAUUGCAGAGUUAUGGGACUUUGUUUCUUGUUAACAUACUAUGUACAUACAGUCUGCAUAUGCAAUCUUGUGCGUGCCUAAUCUACCAAACCCUUGCACACAAUUUAAUUAAACUUCACACAAGUGAUCAGUACCAACCCUAGUUGUGCAUGGUGCAUGUUACAUUCUUUUAGAUAAAUAUUCUGCAUAGUUAUGGGACUUUGUUUUUUGUUACUAUACUGUAUACAUACAGUCUAUAUACAUACAGUCCACAUAAUUAUGCAAUCUUGUGUGCGUCAAAUUGCAAUGUACUGUGUCAGUGCAUGCGGGGGGUACAUUCAUCACCUUUAGUGAUAGCUCUAGUUGUCAAUACAGUGGCACAUUAUCACCAAGGGGCAUAAUUAGAACUUUGGCACUUUCCUUUUUUGUUUCAUACAAAAUGAAUGUCAUAAUUUUUAAUGGGUAUAAAUAUACCAAAUAAAUGGAAAAUUCAAACAAGUAUGUCUUAAAAUGGUAAAUAAAAGGCUGGAAGUAUAUGUAGAUAUUUUGAAAAUAAAAUAGCUGCAUAGUUUAUUUGGUUGACUGAAAACAAUACAAGGUUUAGGCAAAUGCUUGAAGAAUAUUUUGUACCUUUACUGGUCUGCAUUUUCUUUAAGUAAUGACAUAACAGGCUACAAAACUCAUCAUAUAUUUAGUUCUGUUCAAAACAGCUGUUUGCCUGUAGUAUUUUUCUUACUUUUGAUAUAAAAAUGCUAGAUCACUUCACAUGUCCACAAACGUUAAGUUUAUUCAUAAUCAGUUAAUGGACAAGAUUUUUACACCCCUGGGCGUAUAGCAAUUGGACUGUCCUUCCCUAUGAACCAUAUCACCCACAGCCCACAUAAAUGACUCAAGUUAGUGCAUACUCACUCUAAACAAUCCUUGUGGCAAGACCUACAAACUGACCUACUAUAGAUGACAUUGACCCUCAUAUGACCAUCAAGAACAAAAUUUGUUAACCAUAUUGUAGCAUUUGGUCUUCAACCCACAUUAAUGGCCAAAUUUAGUUCACACUUAACAAUCCUUGUGGCAAGACCUACAAACUCACCUAUAUAUAAAUGACCUUGACCCUCAUAUGACCUUCACCUGCAAAUAAGAUUUUUUAAAAACAACAUUUUUGGUCCAGCAGCCCAAAUAAAUGACCAAGUUUAGUCCAUACCUACACUCAUCAAACAUGUUGGCAAGACCUACAGACUGACCUAUAUAAAGAUGACCUUGCCCUUCAUAUGAUUUUCACCUUUAAGCAACAACAUCUUUGUUCAUACACCUGGGGGCAUGAUUUUGCAUUUUGAAAAUGCAGCUCCUUGUUUUGCCAUUGUUUUCAUCUAUGUCAUUACAUCUAAUAAGGAUACAAUUCUGUUAUUAUUGUAUUGUCCUCUUAAAGUUGCUUAUUUCUUCUGUUUGUGUCAUACUCCUGGAGGGUAUGGGUUUACAUCUAGGUUAGAGCAGAAGUUGACUUUAGCUUAAGUCAGGAAGCAGUCAUUGCACAGUCAACAUCAGCUGCCUUAACUCUCUGUAAUUAGUCUGACAUAGAAUAGGCUUAAACAAGCUUAGGAGGCUAUUAAAGCAUUUUGGGGUAUUCUUUAUCAUGUACUGUAUAUUCCCUGAUAAACACCCUCACUCCCAACAUUUUCAAAAAAAGUUAAGGUCGUUAUUGAUUUACCAUCUCAUCACUAUGACAGUGCUAUAAUUGCUACACUUCAUUUAUUAUGACUGAUUUAUAGUUUAUAUUUACAAAAAUAAAUGUAACAAAAAAUAAAUUUAAAAAAUAGGGCUUUAAUAGCGUCCUCCCAGGGGUGUUAAUAAGGGAAUAUAUGGUACUUGAAACAGUUGCACUGUAUAUACAACAGCUGCACAAUUUUCUGUGGUUUGAUAGUCAUUAACAACAUGUUUAAAUGUGUAUACAUGUAUUGAAACAUUUACAUGGCUGAUCUCCUUGCUGUACAACUGGCAGUUCUUUUGCUGUUUUAAUGAAAAUAAAUUUUGCUAGUAGCUGA